AUGAUCUGCAGAUGGAUUGCAUUCAAUCCAAGCAAAUUGUCCCGUGUUCUCUCUCCUUUCUCUUCCCUCUCAUCCACUAAACCCGACGACGAGCCGCUUUCCGCAGCCAAUUUCGCAUUGGAUCAGAGAGAUUACUUCCGUCGAGAGAUUCUCUUCGGGAUGAAGAAGAUCGGGUUCCGGGAGUAUCUCCACGGGCGUCAGUUUCGAAGCUUGGCUUCGGAGUUGAAGCAGGUCCACGUCGAAGAGAUCAUGUGCGAAUUGAUGGGUGAAAGUUCGGAUCUUUCGGUUUGGUUUUUCAAAGAGCUGAAAGAUGUUUAUGGGUUUCGCCACUCGAGGCUCUCCUCGUUGUUUGUUUCGCAUAACUUAGCCGGUCAAAGACGUUUCAAAGAGCUUCAAGUGGUUUUGGAAGAGCUCCUCCAAGAAGAAGGCUCUGGUUCAGCAUUUUCGCUAUGUGAGCUUCUCUCUACUAGCUUCAGGAAGUGGGAUUCUACGAAUGUAGUUUGGGAUAUGUUGCUGUUUCUCUCAUCGAGAUCCAAAAUGGUUGAUGAUUCUCUUUAUAUACUGGAGAAGAUGAGGGAUCUGAACUUGAGUGUCUCUACACAAGCAUACAACUCAAUCUUGUACAACUUGAGAGAAACAGAUAAGAUGUGGGAUCUGUACAAGGCCAUCGAGUCUAAGAACGAGCACACGUACUCAACAGUUGUAGAUGGAUUGUGUCGCCAACAAAAGCUAGAAGACGCAGUUUCUUUCCUCCGGACUUCCCAGUGGAAAGACAUUGGCCCCUCUGUAGUUUCUUUCAAUAGUAUAAUGUCAGCUUACUGUAAAUUAGGUUUUGUAGAUACGGCCAAGUCGUUUCUCUGUACAGUUUUGAAAUGCGGAUUGGUUCCUAGUGUACAUAGCCACAACAUACUCAUCAACGGACUCUGUCUAGCUGGCUCCAUCGGAGAAGCGUUGGAACUGGCUGGUGAUAUGAGUAUCCACGGAGUGGAGCCUGAUACCGUGACGUACAAUAUUCUUGCGAAAGGGUUUCAUCUCCUCGGUAUGAUCAAAUGGGUUUGGGAGGUCAUUCAACAGAUGCUUGAUAAAGGUUUGACUCCUGAUGUUAUUACAUACACGAUAUUACUAUGUGGUCAUUGCCAGUUAGGGAACAUAGACAAGGGCUUGAGACUGCUGAAGGAUAUGUUGUCGAGAGGGUUUGAGUUGAACAGCGUCAUCCCCUGCAGUGUGAUGCUCAGUGGUUUAUGUAAAACAGGACGUAUCGAAGAAGCUUUCUCGCUGUUCUAUAGAAUGAAAGCCAAUGGUGUAAGACCUGAUAUCGUGGCGUAUUCUAUAGUGAUUCAUGGCUUGUGUAGAUUAGGAGAGCUUGAUUUGGCUAUUUGGCUUUACGACGAGAUGUGUUCCAAAAGAAUACUCCCGAAUUCGAGGACGCAUGGUGCUAUGCUGCUUGGUUUAUGUCGGAAAGGGAUGAUACUUGAGGCAAGAGCGCUUUUGAAUUCUCUGAUCUCAACCGGCUGCACACUUGAUAUUAUCCUGUACAAUAUCGUUAUUGAUGGGUAUGCAAAGUCUGGUUGCAUUGAGGAGGCGUUAGAGUUAUUCAGAUUAGUGACAGAGAGUGGGAUAACUCCUAAUGUCGCCACUUUCAAUUCUUUGAUUCACGGUUAUUGCAAGACUCAGAACAUAGCUGAGGCUAGAAAGGUCUUGGAUGUCAUUAAGUUAUAUAAAUUGGUUCCAAGCGCUGUGAGUUACACAACUCUGAUGAAUGCAUAUGCUAACUGUGGAGAUACUGAAAAGGUAGACGAGUUGCGCCGUGAGAUGAAAGCGAAUGGGAUCUCACCGACCAACUUCACAUACUCUGUGGUUAUCAAAGGACUUUGCAUAGGCCGGAAACUCGAGAAAUACAACCAGGUACUGCGGGACAUGGCUUCCGAAGGUGUAACUCCAGAUCAGAUCACUUACAAUACUGUUAUUCAGCAUCUAUGCAGGGCUAAAGAUUUGUUCAGAGCGUUUGAGUUAUUCGAAGAAAUGAAAUCUCGAAACCUUGAGCCCACGCCUGCCACUUAUGAUAUUCUAAUCAACGGCCUUUGUUUCUACGGUUACUUAAAGGAUGCUGAGAGGUUUCUCUGUUCGCUUCAGGAGAGGGAUGCUAGUUUAUCGAAAUUUGCUUAUGCUACACUGAUCAAGGCGCAUUGUGUAAAAGGUGAUCCUGAAGUGGCGGUGAAGCUGUUUUGUCAGGUCCUAGAUAGAGGAUUCGAUGUUUCUGUCAGGGAUUACAGUGCGGUGAUCAAUCGUCUGUGUAGGAGAGGAUUGGCAAAGGAGGCUAAGUUCUUCUUCUGUCUGAUGUUAUCACGGGGAGUUUCGCCUGAUUUAGAUAUCUGCAGAGUGAUGAUCAAGUCAUCAGAUGUGCUUGCUUGGACAAUUAAAGCAGGUUUGUUGCCUUGAAAAGUUAUUGUCUCAUCUUAUGUGCUAGCUAGCUGGCGAAGGCACACUUUCAGUAGAGAAACUGUCACAUGAAGAGCAGAUUAAUUUUAGCUACUGGAUGGUACCAUCGGCCACCAAUUGUAUCGCUGUCGCAUUAGCUUCUUCAAUGGAUCGCUGUUAGUGAUGUUUCUUGAUCAUUGGUUUUAGUGUUCUUAUAUACUUCCUCUUUGUUGUCUAUUUAUCAUCGAAUGAUUGAUUCUUUACCCUUGAAAUUGAUACUAUGUGGCUUUCUGGUUUGUUUGGAACAGGUCACUUAUGUAUUGUACUGUUGAUCAAGCACCGUGCAAAGCAGCUUUGGGGUUCCCUCAACAAACACAAAGCGUCAUUGGUGGUUUUGCUUCUCGAGUCUAAAGCCGUAUUGUCUAGUUCAAGUUCUUCUGAAGGUAAACUCCGUGGUCCAAAUCUGCAGUAUGACUAUAGCAUGCUGGAAUUGUACACUAGAGUGUUGAUGAAUGGGUUCAAAUGGGGAAAAGGGUAUAUAACUAAUCAAGCUUCAUGUGUGUUAGGCCUAUUUUAAUUACUUCGAUUUUCUGGGAUGGGACUCAAGAGUCUGAGCCUGUUCUUGACUGUGACAUCUUGUAAGGUUGUUGUUCUU